AUGCCUAUAGAAUGGACCCGUGCAGCUACUGACCAUUUGAUAAGACAAAGAAGACGUGGUAAUGAGCGCUACUACGAUAUGGAUGGUAGAAGUAGGGUCUCCUUCUGGGAGACAACUGCAAGACGACUCUACCAGGACCUACGAUUUCGUUGCUCUGCAAGACAGAUUUUGUUGAGUGGAGAAAUGGAGGAAGUAGAGGUCGCUGGACCAGAACAGGCCAGCGUUACUAUCGGUCAUUCAGAAGCAGAUUAUGGGAGCAGCCCGAAACGCGGCAUAGUAGGAGACGCCAACGUAACAGGAGGCACCUACGGCGACUUCGAGCUUGAGAUUUAA